CUCUCACACUCAUUCCCAUUCCCAUUCAUUUCAUCACCUCCCUCAUUCUUCCUCUUCUUACUCUCUACAUUACUAUUUUACAAUACAAUACUUGCAGCUGAUCUAACCUCGAAUUCUUAAAUCUUGAAGCAUUCAUUGGUCCUCGCGAUUCGUGCUCAUUUUCUUCAAAACCCUCCAAAUUCCCCCAUUUCUUCCCAAAUUACCCCAUUUUCGCAUCACGCGGACCUCAUAUCGAUCCCCAAUCUCCGUCAUAAUCAUCAUUUCUAGGGUUUACGGAUUCUCUUUGGUCCCUAAAUCCAUCGAUGGAUCGAUCCGAAACGGAAUGAGAUGAGACGGCGCCCCGUUACGGGCGUUCUCUCCGAUCAGAUGGAGAAGUCUGCGCCCAAGAAUCAAAAUUCUCGAAUCUGCUUCCUCGCCGCUCUCUCCGCUUUCUUCUGGCUCCUCCUCCUCUACUUCCAUGUUGACCAAUCCGCUAAGUUCAUCAACCCCACUACUUUCGACGCCAAUAAAGACGAAGAUGAUGAUUCCAAUGAAUUACCUGUACAGCGGCUCCAGCCUCCGCCGCGGAAGCAGAUUGGCUUCCCCGAUCUCGAUUCAGAUUCCCAAAACCUAAACAAAAACCCUAAUAAUUCUCCUCUAAAGGAGAGGAAUUUCCCCUUCAUGAAAGCGCUGACAACCGCAGACAACAAGAACGACCCUUGCGCUGGAAAGUACAUUUAUGUCCACGACCUUCCAUCGAGGUUCAACGAGGACAUGCUCAAAGAGUGCAGAAGCUUGAGCCUUUGGACGAACAUGUGCAAGUUCACCACAAAUGCUGGCCUUGGUCCACCUCUCGAGAACGUUGAAGGUGUUUUCUCCAACACCGGUUGGUACGCCACAAACCAGUUCGCAGUUGAUGUUAUAUUCAGCAACAGGAUGAAGCAGUACGAGUGCUUGACCAAGGAUUCCUCCAUUGCCGCCGCAUUCUUCGUGCCGUUCUACGCCGGAUUCGACAUUGCACGGUACCUUUGGGGCUACAAUAUCUCAAUGAGGGACGCUGCGUCGCUUGAUUUGGUUGAUUGGCUCAUGAAAAGACCGGAAUGGAAGAUCAUGGGCGGGAAGGAUCAUUUUCUUGUUGCUGGAAGGAUAACAUGGGAUUUCAGGAGGUUGAGUGAGGAAGAAUCUGAUUGGGGGAACAAGCUUCUGUUCUUGCCUGCGGCAAAGAACAUGUCUAUGCUUGUGGUUGAAUCCAGUCCUUGGAAUGCCAAUGAUUAUGGGAUCCCUUAUCCGACAUAUUUUCACCCUGCCAAAGAUGAAGAUGUUUUUGUUUGGCAGGAUAGAAUGAGGAAGUUGAAGAGGAAAUGGUUGUUCUCAUUUGCAGGAGCGCCUCGCCCGGACAAUCCGAAAUCCAUUAGGGGGCAGAUAAUUGAGCAGUGCAGGAGUUCAAAAGUUGGAAAGCUCUUGGAGUGUGAUUUCGGGGAGAGCAAAUGCCAUUCCCCUAGCAGCAUUAUGCAGAUGUUUCAGAGUUCACUAUUCUGCCUUCAGCCACAGGGCGAUUCGUACACGAGAAGAUCCGCUUUUGAUUCAAUGCUGGCUGGUUGCAUUCCUGUUUUCUUCCAUCCGGGUUCAGCUUAUACACAAUAUACUUGGCAUCUUCCUAAGAAUUACACCAAGUAUUCCGUGUUCAUCCCUGAGGAUGAUAUUCGCAAGAGGAAUGUGAGCAUUGAGGAGAGGCUUAGUGAGAUUCCACCGGAGCAAGUGAGCAUCAUGAGGGAGGAGGUUAUUAGUCUCAUUCCUAGGUUAGUGUAUGCAGAUCCUCGUUCCAAGUUAGAGACCCUUAAGGAUGCGUUUGAUGUUUCGGUGCAAGCAAUUAUUGACAAGGUUACCAAUCUGAGGAAGGACAUGAUCGAGGGCCGCACAGAUGAGAACUUCAUUGAGGAGAACAGUUGGAAGUAUGCAUUGUUGGAUGAGGGGCAGCGCGAGGUUGGGCCUCAUGAAUGGGAUCCUUUCUUCUCAAAGCCGAAGGAUGGCAAUGGGGAAUCCAGUGAUACCUCUGCUGAAGCUGCAAAGAAUUCUUGGAAAAAUGAGCAGAGAAGCCAAUAGUGAUUCAUCAAAAUUGGAGAUACGAAUUUCAUGAUCUGGAGGCUUCUAAGUGUGGAUUAAUGCAGACUCAAAUCAUUUCCCGAAUUAGGGAUGAAGAACAGGUAGAAAAUCAAUUGCUGGAGUCUUGAACUUGCUGCAGAAUUUGUAUGCGAGUUAACUAUGCAGGUUUCUUUGUUGAGAACCUCCGGCUUGAAGAGAUAGAUAUACUCUGCUUUCUACAGUUUUGUUAUAUAUAGAUUCUUUUUUUUUCUGUCUGGUUUCAACAUUAUGUAUUCUCAGUGGCUCCUAGAUGUAUUCUCCAAGGUUUAAUAAUUAUUUGAUACAAUACUUUUGUUCACUUGAUUCAUAUUAUAGGCAAUAUAAACAAAAUUAUGGUUAA